UCGAAGCGCCUCUUGGUCACUUACCGGAAGUUUCUACGUGUUCAGUUGUCCGGAAGAGCUAUUUUUUCUGAGGAAAAGGAACUUUCUUCUCAAAAUAAGAGGUUCAGUAGCACUAUGUUACCGACCACCUCGCCGCAGAACGGAAGCCUGAGUGCCCGCGAUGCGGCACGCCACACAGCUGGCGCCAAGCGCUACAAAUACCUGAGGAGGCUGCUGCACUUCAAAGCCAUGGACUUUGAGUUUGCCGUGUGGCAGAUGCUCUACCUGUUCACCUCCCCACAGAGAGUGUAUCGUAACUUCCACUACAGGAAGCAGACCAAGGACCAGUGGGCCAGAGACGACCCUGCCUUCCUGGUGUUACUCAGCAUCUGGCUCUGUGUGUCCACAGUGGGCUUUGGGCUGGUGCUGGACAUGGGCUUUGUGGAGACUCUGAAGCUGCUGCUGUGGGUGGUGUUCAUAGACUGCAUCGGCGUGGGCCUACUCAUCUCCACACUCAUGUGGUUCAUCACCAAUAAGUACCUGCUGAAGCCGCCCAGUAAGGACUAUGAUGUAGAGUGGGGCUACGCAUUCGAUGUGCAUCUCAAUGCCUUCUACCCCCUGCUUGUCAUCCUGCACUUCCUACAGCUCUUCUUUAUAAACCAUAUCGUAGUGAUAAACUCAGACUGGUUCCUGGGGUACUUUGUAGGGAACAGUCUGUGGUUGACAGCCAUCGGCUACUAUCUAUACAUUACAUUCCUGGGAUACAACGCCUUGCCCCAACUGCAGAACACAGUGGUUCUUCUCUACCCCUUCGCCCUGCUAGUUCUCCUCUACAUCCUCUCUCUCUCCCUGGGAUGGAACUUCACCAAGGGCCUCUGCUGGUUCUACAAGUACCGCGUCCAGUAGACACUCUGGAGUCAGGACCAGAGUUCACAGUCAGGUGGCUCUGAGGACUCAUGGACAAUGCUUUCAUUCUGGAAUGUGAUUGGAUGGGGUGAUGCAGUUUUGUAUACUUUGUAAAUAAUACUUUGGCUGUAAGAUACACACAUCGUGGAUUGUUUUUAAGAUUAUAUCUCGGUUUGUUUUCUUUUUUUAAAUAUGACGUACUGAAAAUCUUGUUUAUUGAAGAGAAAUAGAAGUAAAGUGAAGUGGUGAAUUUGUAUUUCAAUUGGACAAAGGGGCGUUUCUGAGUGUACAUUCCUGAGCACUUUCAAUAAAGAGGUUUUACUUCAUCCCCUUUUCAUUAACAGGAAAGUAAUGCAAUCUAAAA